AUGAAGUCUCGGCAGCAGCGAUGGGUGGGCGGGAGGUGCCCGGUUCCCGCUGACGCCGCUCUCCCCUCUCUCCGCACAGGGGGGUUUGCGGAGCUGCUGCUGGUGCUGCUGGGGCUGAAGGUGCCCGCUGCCCUGGGCUGCCCCACCGACUGCGUGUGCUACCCCUCCCCGAUGACCGUCAGCUGCCAGGCUCACAACUUCGUCACCAUCCCCGAGGGCAUCCCCGAGGACAGCGAGAGGAUCUUCCUCCAGAACAACCAGAUCACCUUGCUGCUGCGGGGCCACUUCAGCCCUUCCAUGGUCACCCUCUGGAUCUACUCCAACAACAUCACCUUCAUCGACCCCAACACCUUCGAUGGGUUCGUCAACCUGGAGGAGCUGGACCUGGGGGACAACCGCUACUUAAGGGCUUUAGCUGCAGACACGUUCCAAGGGCUGGUGAAACUCCACGCCUUGUAUCUGUACAAGUGCGGGCUGAGCUCCCUCCCCAGCGGGAUUUUCGGUGGCCUCCACAAUCUGCAAUACCUUUACCUGCAAGACAACCACAUCGAGUUCCUUCAGGAUGAUAUUUUUGUUGACUUGGUUAACCUCAGCCAUCUUUUUCUCCAUGGAAACAAGCUCUGGAGCCUCCAUCAGAACACGUUCAGGGGACUAAUAAACCUGGAUCGGCUGCUCAUCCAUCAAAAUCAGCUGCAGUGGAUUCAUAGGCGGGCUUUUCAUGACCUCCGAAGAUUGACCACCCUUUUCCUGUUCAAUAACAGCCUCUCGGAGCUGCAGGGGGACUGCCUGGCCCACCUGGGAGCCCUGGAGUUUCUCAGGCUGAACGGGAACCCAUGGAGCUGCGACUGCAAAGCCCGUUCCCUCUGGGAAUGGCUGCACAGGUUCAGAGGCUCCAGCUCCAGCGUCAUCUGCGAGUCCCCCGAGCAGAUGCACGGCAAGGACCUCAAGGUGCUAAGAGCAGAAGACUUUAGGAACUGUUCAGGGUCCGAGUCGCUCCACCAGAUGAAAACACACACCUCCAAAUCCCACCACCCGCACCACUCCUCCAAGGAGAAGGGGAAGGAGCGAGGGGCUGAGAACAGUUUGCACAGCAGCCAGCCCGCCGGCCCCCCCGGCUCCCGGCCGGGCUACCGCAAACCCGGCAAGAACUGCACCAGCCACAAAAGCCGCAACCGAACCUCCAAACCGGAGUCCCUGGGGCCGCGCAAAAGCGGGCAGGAGGUCCCAGACUAUGUGCCUGAUUAUCAGCACAAGUACAGCUUCGGGGCCGUGCCCACGCUGUCCCCCAAGCGCAAGGGUAAGUGCACCCGGCGGACGCCCAUCCGCCCGCCCAGCGGGGUCCAGCAGGCCGCCGGCUGCCCGGGGCUCAGGGCGUCGCUCCUGGUUUUUAUGGUGGUGCUGGCGGCCGUCAUCCGCUGAGCCCCCCCUCCCUCCGGCCGCGGACGGAGCGGAGCUGUACUGCCACCAAUCUACAAAGGACCAGAGUUUCUUUUCUUCUUCUUUUUUUGUGCGUGGCUCAGCGUUGGCCUGGCGAAGGGAAGAACGUUGUCUCGGCUUCUGAGGGUUUGUCUCCGUGCCCGGCCGGACUGUGCCGAGCGCAGCGGGAGCAGAUUAAAAGGCAUUAUCACACCUUGUCACAAACAGCCUAACCGAGCACCUACAGCAGCAGCAGCAGCAGCAAAGCCAACCUUACAAAAAGCAGAUAACGGGGACGGUAGCCGAUUUGUCGGUGACAGCACCCGGACAAAUGGACUGUAUCCAUGCUCUUGUGAAAUCCCGUUCGUUUGAGAGCGCUCCGAGCGACCCCUCCAAUUACCGAAAGGAACAUAAUUGCUGUAAAAACCAUCACCGAUUAAGCCUACACUGUUUCUCUCUGAAAGUGAGUGCAAGGACACUGAUACCGAUGUAAUAAGGACAUUUGGUUCUCCCACGUUUUAGCCCUUUUGGCUCCAAACCCAGAGGCCAAAGUUGGCUGGGAAUCUCUUAGAAGACAAUCUCAAACCCCUGAAUAUCUCAGGCAUUACA